UACAGCCAUGAAGUCUAGAAAUGUGCAAAUGCUCUUGAUUCUGGCAGUUUUGUCCUUCCUUCUGAUCCACUUCCAUUUCCCACGCUGCAGCAACAAUGCCCCCACAGAAAGAAAACGCUCUCCAGUUCACAUUCUCAUUCUCUCCUCCUGGCGGUCGGGAUCAUCCUUCACUGGACAAAUCUUCAGCCAGCACCCCGGUGUCUUCUACCUGAUGGAGCCUGCAUGGCACGUGUGGGUUAAGAUGUACCAGAACAGGGCCAGUGUCUUACACAUGGCAGUGAGGGACCUAGUCAGGUCGGUCUUUCUGUGUGACAUGUCUGUGUUUGAUGCUUACAUGUCUAGCAAGAAGAAAAAGUCUGAUUUAUUUCAGUGGGAGACAAGCCGAGCCUUGUGCUCCCCCCCUGCCUGUGAUACAUUCAGUCGCAGUGACAUAAUCCCUGCAGGCAACUGCAAAAUCAUCUGUAGCAAGUAUCCAUUCAGCAAGGUGGAGGAAGCUUGUAAAACCUACAGCCAUAUCGUCAUCAAGGAGGUUAGAUUCUUCAACCUGAAAGUUCUCUACCCGCUUCUCACUGAUCCAUCCCUAAACCUCAAAAUCAUUCACCUGGUCCGCGAUCCUCGGGCUGUGUUCAGGUCCCGAGAGAAUGCAAGGGCAGACCUGGCACAUGACAGUAACAUUGUUGCAGGGAUAGGGGGCGCAAAGGGAGAAAAGGGGCUUUACAAUGCAAUGGAAGUAAUCUGCAAAAGCCAGGUUGAGAUUUACAAGACAGGCAGGCAGGCCAUUUACAGCUUCCUGAAAGACCGCUACUUGCUGGUUCGCUAUGAAGACAUUGUCAGAGACCCGCUAGCAAGGGCUGCUCAGAUGUACAGGUUUGCAGAACUCCAUUUCACACCAAAACUUCAGAAGUGGUUGCACAACAUCACCCAUGGGAAGGGGCAAGGCACACAGACCUUUCAAACUGGCUCCAGAGAUGCCCUGGGUGUAUCCCAGGCCUGGAGGAAGACCCUUCCCUUUGAGAAAAUAGAAAAAGUACAGAAUAUGUGCAAGGAUGCGAUGGACUUACUGGGUUACCGGCUUCUUCAGUCAGAAGAAGAGCAAAAAAAUAUGUCACUGGAUCUUUUGUUUGCCCAGAACUCCACAGAGUAACAAA